GCUAUACUCAACUCAAUACAUUGCUCUCUCUCUCUCUCUCUCUCUCCCUAUAUCUAUCUUUCUCUGUCUCUUUUCUGGUUGAAGUUUGAAAGACAAAUACACCAUGGCAGAUAUCCUGAGUGAAGAACAGAUUGUUGAUUUUAAAGAGGCCUUUGGCUUGUUUGACAAAGAUGGGGAUGGUUGCAUUACUGUGGAAGAACUUGCCACUGUUAUUCGGUCGUUGGAUCAGAACCCCACCGAAGAAGAGCUCCAAGAUAUGAUAAGCGAAGUGGAUGCAGAUGGCAAUGGAACCAUUGAAUUCGAUGAGUUCUUGAGCUUGAUGGCCAAGAAAGUGAAAGACACCGAUGCAGAGGAGGAGCUCAAAGAGGCUUUCAAGGUUUUUGACAAAGAUCAAAAUGGCUACAUAUCAGCUAGUGAGUUGAGACACGUAAUGAUCAAUCUAGGAGAAAAACUAACCGAUGAGGAGGUGGAGCAGAUGAUUAAAGAAGCAGAUUUGGAUGGUGAUGGCCAAGUUAACUAUGAUGAAUUCGUCAAGAUGAUGAUGACCGUUCGAUGAAACACUCUCACCUAAUUGGAUUGGACAGAUUUGUUAUUCAAAAUUCAUUGGCUUUUCCAACCUCCUCCCUCCCAAGAAAUAAGUGUUCUUUCUUAUUAUUGUUUGUUGUAUUGUAUUAUUCUACUUGUACUUAGUCAUGACCAAUUAAGAAGUAGAUUUGAUCCAUUCAAGCUCAAAAUUAAAUUACUAUAUUUGUAGUUUUAGUUCAGUAUUUUCUAUGCUCCAAGAGUAAUUAAGAAAACCCAAGGAGCAUAUUUACCAUUAAAAUAUGCAUGACUUUUACCA